CUUGUGCGCAUGCGCGUGUUACCCGGCAGUGAAUUCACACAGGUGAAACAACAGACAGCAAAACAGACUUAGACCGUCCAGAAAUCAGACAUUAGACAUGGGCAAAGGCGGCGGAACAUUUGAGAGACUGUUGGAUAAGGCUACCAGCCAGCUGCUGCUGGAGACCGACUGGGAGUCCAUUCUGCAGAUAUGUGACCUCAUUCGGCAAGGCGAUACGCAGGCAAAAUAUGCAAUCGGUGCCAUCAAGAAAAAACUCAAUGACAAAAAUCCACAUGUAGCACUCUAUGCUCUUGAGGUCCUGGAGUCAGUGGUGAAGAACUGUGGCCAGACGAUUCAUGAUGAAGUGGCCUGUAAGCAGACAAUGGAAGAGCUGAAGGAGCUUUUCAAGAAACAACCCGAACCGAACGUGAAGAACAAGAUCCUUUAUCUGAUCCAGGCCUGGUCCCACGCCUUCCGCAACGAGCCCAAGUACAAAGUCGUCCAGGAUACCUAUCAGAUCAUGAAGGUGGAAGGUCAUGUCUUCCCAGAGUUCAAGGAGAGUGAUGCCAUGUUUGCAGCAGAGAGGGCCCCUGAUUGGGUGGAUGCAGAGGAGUGUCACAGAUGUAGGGUUCAGUUUGGUGUUAUGACCCGAAAGCACCACUGCAGGGCAUGUGGGCAGAUCUUCUGUGGGAAGUGCUCUUCCAAGUACUCUACCAUUCCCAAGUUUGGCAUUGAGAAGGAGGUGCGAGUGUGUGAGCCCUGCUUUGAGAUUCUCAACAACCACAGUCCUGAAGAAAAUGAGGGGCAACCAAGUGUAAUCAGUGAGGAACAAAAGAAACAAACAUCAAGCCACCCGUCCCUCUCUCCCCCUCCUAGAAAAGCUGAAGGGAAGGCCGCCAGCGCUGGGCAGUCCGAGCUUCCCCCUGAGUACCUGACCAGCCCUCUGUCCCAGCAGUCUCAGGUAGUGCCCACCGAAGCAAUGCCUCCGAAAAGAGACGAGGCCGCGCUGCAGGAGGAAGAGGAGCUGCAGCUGGCCAUCGCACUGUCUCAGAGUGAAGCGGAGGAGAAGGAGAGGAUGAGACAGAAGAACCCUUACUCUGCGUACCCCAAAGCAGAUCCCACCCCUGUGACUUCCUCUGCCCCUCCUGUCAGCACCCUCUACUCCUCACCUGUGAACUCAUCGGCUCCAUCAGCCGAAGACGUGGAUCCUGAGCUGGCCCGUUACCUGAACAGAACUUACUGGGAGAAGAAACAGGAAGAGGUUCGCAAGAGUCCCACCCCCUCUGCUCCUGCUCCUGUUUCAUUGGCUGAGCCCGUGCCAAUCAGCCAACCAGUGGAAAUCCACGCUCCAGUCCAACCCAUCAACAUAGUGGAGCAGCAGUAUCAGAAUGGAGAAUCUGAGGAGAACCACGAGCAGUUCUUGAAGGCCUUGCAGAAUGCCGUCACCACUUUCCUUAACCGCAUGAAGAGCAACCACAUGCGUGGCCGCAGCAUCACCAAUGACAGCUCCGUGCUCUCUCUAUUCCAGUCCAUCAACAACAUGCACCCACAGCUGCUGGAAAUACUCAACCAGCUGGAUGAAAAGAGAAUGUACUAUGAGGGUCUUCAGGACAAGCUGGCGCAGGUGCGUGACGCGCGGGCGGCACUGAACGCUCUGAGAGAGGAGCACCGGGAGAAGCUGCGACGGGCCGCCGAGGAGGCUGAGAGACAGAGACAAAUCCAGCUCGCCCAGAAACUGGAGAUCAUGAGGCAGAAGAAACAGGAGUAUCUGGAGAUGCAAAGGCAGCUCGCGAUUCAGCGUCUGCAGGAGCAGGAGAAGGAGAGACAGAUGCGCCUGGAGCAGCAGAAACACACCAUUCAGAUGAGAGCACAGAUGCCUGCCUUCUCUCUGCCUUACUCACAGAUGCAGUCGCUGCCUCCUAACGUGGCCGGAGGGGUGGUGUACCCCCCCGCUGGCCCUCCCAGUUACCCAGGCACGUUCAGUCCUGCUGGUUCAGUGGAGGGGUCGCCCAUGCAUGGAGUCUACAUGAACCAGCCCGGACAGACGUCUGCUGGUGGCCCGUACCAGGCCAUGCCCGCAGAUCCCAACAUGGCUUACAUGUAUCAGCCUGCAGGCACCAGUGGGCAGCCAGUCGCCCCUGGACAAGCCCCUCCCACAACCACCCCUGCCUACACUAACUACCAGCCCACACCCACGCAGGGCUACCAGAACGUGGUGUCCCAAGCUCAGAGUUUGCCCCCUAUGUCCCAGGCUCCCCCCACCAAUGGUGUUGCCUACAUGGGCUACCACCAGCCAUACAACAUGCAGAAUAUGAUGAGCGCUCUUCCAGGACAAGACCCCAACAUGCCUCCCCAACAAUCCUACAUGCCUGGGCAGCAGCCCAUGUACCAGCAGAUGGCUCCCCCUGGUGGUCCGCAGCAGCAAUCCCAACAGCAGCAGCACCCGCAGGCUCCUCCGGGCAGUGCAGAGGCUCAGCUCAUUUCAUUCGACUGAUCGCUCAUCAUAUGCCUUCACCCGCCAGGUCCAGCACACUACAUCCAACCCUCCCGCACCCUGCCGGUUCUGGGGUCAUUAUCCUCACCUGCUCUCGCUCCACAAGUGUUGAAGGUGUACAAAUACAAGUAAAAGCAUCUGGCCGUCUGAGUCCCUCUCCCUUCCCUGUCUCUUUAAACGAAGGAGGAGAGGCUACAGAUGGAGCUGGUGGGGAACCUUUGUCUCUCAGCUGGAUGAAUCUCACAAAACCCAAUGUCUGGGUCACAUUUUACCCCCAAAACAAACAAACCCAUCCCAUAAAGAAAACCAAGCCCUUUUAGGGUAUUAUGACAUUAGUUACGACAAUUAAACUUGUCUUCUCACCCCAUUCUUAUUGUUGUAAUGCACAAAAUUUGUGUAUUAUUUCAACUGUAAAGUAGUUAUACACAAUUGUAAUAUUUAUUAUUCUGCCUUUAUACUGAUUUCAGUUUUUAAAAAAGACUGUAAUAAGACUCACUAUUGACAAUUAUGGGAAUUACAAAAACUCAUCUUGACACAUUGAUAAGAAUUUUGGGGGGAAAUGUAUUUAAUGUCAUGAAAAUAAUGCAUACAAUUCUUAAUGGUCCUAAAUAAAUUUAAAAAAAAAAAUUCUUUAUUGUUUAUGGAAGCCCAUUUCCACCACAUAAGAUGCUCAUGCUUUUGAGAUUAAAGAUGAGAUUUGAGAUUAAUUAUGAGAUUAAAAUUAAAAAAUGUAAUGUUUAAUGUUGAAAUUACGAGACUACAUAUUGUAAAUAUCUCAAUUUAUCAAUAUCUCAUCAAAUUUCAAGUAAUAAUUGGGUUAAAAAGUUGCUAAAAAGUUAAAAUUGUGACGAUCUUUUUACAUCAAUUGAGACUUUUUAUCAUAAUUAUUACUAUUUCUCGAUCACAUUUAAAAGUUGUUUAUUUUGAAUCAUAAUCAAGUUGAAAUUAUGAUGUUAAAAAGCUAAUUUGACUUUUUACAUCAAAAUUGUAUCUCAUCAUUUGUAGUGUCAUAAUUAUGAUUUACCAAAGUAUGUAGCGGAAAUGAGCUUCCAUUAAAACGUGACCUGGACCUGUUUGUGAGAUUCACCCUACUUCUAUCUUUCCUCUCUCUAGAUUUUUUUUCAAAUGUAGUUUUUCCUAAUAAAACCGAGCUUACGCGAAGUUAGUCAUUCGUACUAUAGAGAGAGAAACACGAUAUGAUUUAAAAAGACGACAUAACCAUCCUUUGUCUCAUAUUUUCUUAAAAUGUGUUUGCAUGAGUGAAUAUGUAACAGCCAUUUGUUUUAUUCGAAUACGAGACUUGCUGGCUUUAGCAGAGGUCACUGAGGCGUCACACACCGUUUUCCAGACCAUCGUCUGCAGUUCUAGAACUAUUUCAGAAGCUCUGAGUUUAGGAUCAGUGUUGUGGAAUCCUCGCUUAUGAUUUAUACGGUAGAUGCCGCGCACUUUGGCUUCUGUCAUAUAAUGAACAGCCAAUGAGAUGUCAGCUUUACUGCCAUUUGCAUAUCACCAAGGGAAUAGAUCCAGAUAAACGGGCUGGUGUUUCCAAGUGCUGCAUGUAAGUUUGCCAGACAUCUUUGCUCGAUGUGGAUCAGCCAGGGGUUCAGAACCAGACGAAUCAUUCAUCUCAAAAGCCGUAGUUUCAUUACCAAUUAAUCGCAGUGUAGGAUUGAGCAUCAAUUCAAUGGCAGACGAAGUCUAUUUUUAACAGACUGUGGUUGUGGAUGGAUUGAGGAGAGAUGGACAGCUUUUGGAUGAUUUGAACGGUGCAUGUUUGUAACACACACACACAACCGGUGACUUCUGUAACCCCUUUGAUAUCACCUUUGUUCCAUACUGAUCUGCUUCAUCUUAAAAAAAAAGUCAUUUUAAAAUCAUAUUUAAUAAAUAUCUCGUUCUUUUAUUGGUCAUACGUUAGUGGAAAUGUUUCUUUUCUUGUAUGUGCACAAUAAAACAAUGUAAAUCUGU